UCAUAUCGACUGUCAACGAACUUUUAUAUUGCCGCUACUAGCAUCAACAAUAACAACAACUAUUGUAACAGGACGAACACACCGACUCGCAACAACAAUUGCAAUGACACCUCUCACACCCGAGCAAGUCCAAAUCAUCAAAGCCACUGUUCCAGUACUGGCUCAACAUGGCGAAACCAUCACCACCAAGUUCUACGCAGACAUGCUCGAAGCCCAUCCCGAACUCAAGAACAUCUUCAACAACACACACCAAGCGACCGGGCAUCAGUCUCGUGCGCUCGCCGGCUCCCUCUACGCUUACGCUUCCAACAUUGAUGAUCUUGGCAAGCUCUCUCCCGCCGUCGAAUUGAUUUGCCACAAGCAUGUCUCUCUUUACAUCCGCCCGGAACAUUACAACAUCGUCGGUGAGCACCUCCUCAAGACCAUGAAGACCGUCCUCGGCGCCGCAGCAACCCCCGACAUCCUGGGUGCCUGGGAAGCGGCCUACUGGCAACUCGCCAACAUCAUGAUCAACAAAGAGGACGGUCUGUACAAGGAAGCAGAAGGCUGGACAGACUGGAAAGACUUCAAGAUCGUGCGCAAGGAGAAGGAAGCCGAGGAUAUCACAUCCUUCUACCUGCAGCCCGUCGAAUCGAAUCUUAAACUCCCCAUCUUCAAGCCCGGCCAGUACAUUUCCGUCAACGUCUUCGUCGACGAGCUCGAUGGCGGUGUGUGGCAGGCGCGCCAGUACAGUCUUUCUGAUGCGCCGGGUAAGGACUAUCUACGCAUCAGCGUGAAGCGGGAACCUGGUGUCGAGGUUGGUGAACCAAGCGACAUGACGCACCCCGGCUACCUUUCCAACAUCAUGCACGAGAAGAAAAAUGUCGGCGACACGGUGCGUGUCUCGCACCCAUGGGGCGACUUCUACUUCGAGGAGGAGGAGGACAAGAGCGCGCCGAUUGUUUUGAUCUCAGCAGGUGUAGGAUUGACGUGCUUGAACAGCAUCCUGAACGCCACGUUGGAGCACUCAUCAAGGCCAGUAACGUGGAUCCAGGGCGCGCGGGAUAGCAAGACGAGGGCGUUUAAGAAGGAGAUUGACGGUCUGGCGGAGAAGAAGAGCAAUUUGCAUACUGUGUACUUCUCCUCGAGUCCACAGGAGGGAGAGCUUCAGGGCCAGGAUUACGAUAUCAGGGGCCGUGUCAAUCUGGAUAGUAUCGACAAGAAGGUGCUAUUCACGGACAGCGACAAGACGCUGUACUUCACCUGCGGGCCGCAGCAGUUCAUGCUGGAUGUCGAGGCCAAGUUGAAGACCUAUGGUGUUCCGGCUGAGAGGAUUCACAUGGAGCUAUUUGGCACUGGCGGUAUUCCAAGGGUUUAGAUUUCUGAAGUCGGAAAUAUGGUUAGUUGUUCCUGAUGAUUUUGUUUGGGUUUGGGUUGUAUAUCACGGCAUUUCUCUACUGUUACAUAGUUGAAUCUUCUUUUAUUGUGUUCUUAGUGGUCCAUAGAAAGGCAUCUCAACUGCAAAUUCGAAACGUUUCGUCAAAUCUUGCGUGCUCCAAAUUUCGGAGUUGACGAUCCUGGAUGUAUGUGUGAACGCUCCUUUUAUCAAUCAGGCUGUUCGUAUACAGAUCACGACCUA